AUGUCGUCGCGUAGAGGAGUUCUUCUCAAGGUCAUCAUCCUCGGUGAUAGUGGUGUUUGGAAGUUUUUCCGUACAGUGGUUCAUUAUUGCUUCCAUAUGAACCAGAAACAACUUUCUCGACCAAACGGUGUUGCCGCUAAGCUUGACUCAAAAUCUGAAUACAAUCGCCAUGCAAAGUAUUUAUUGGAGUCUGGUUAUCAAGAAAAGGAUCAGUGCUCGCCUAUGUCAACUGGACAGUCUAAUUUUGAAGCCGCCCCUUGUGUAAAAAACAGCUUUCAUGAGCAAAAUGUCUUGUUUCAACCAGGUUUCCUCGAAACUUGUAAGAAGAAAGCAGAUCUGCCAAAUAGUGGAACAGAUUACCUUGGCCAUCAAGUUCAAAUGGAGCAUCAUAAUGAGUCACUGGAUUCUGCAUCUUACCCUUUUGGUGAAUCGUAUUUCAGAAAAAUAACGACUGUGUACAACCCAAAUCCUGUUGUUUACCCUCAAGCGAUGGAAAUUGCAUCAGCAAGAGCUGUGCUUCCUCUCGAAUGUACAGAAAACAUGGUUCCAAUUUACGUCAAUGCAAAACAGUACCACGCCAUCCUCAGGCGCCGAAAAAUCCGAGCAAGACUCGAGGCUCAGAAUAAGAUAACUAAAUCUAGAAAGGUAACUUAAGAGCC